AUGCACUCCAACUUCGCGCUCCUCUCGCUCUUCGCCGGCGUGUUCGGCGCGCCGAUUGAAAAGGCAUCAAGCGUCUGCCCGUCAACUGGCACCGCAUGUGCUGGCGUCUGCAUCGUCAAUGACUGCGCGGGCCUCACGUUGCACACGGUCAACCAAGGGUCGUCGAGCCACGUCAUCCAACCUGGGUGCUUCACUUCCCUCGGUGCAGGCUUUCGCGUCAUUGUUGGCGACAAGGACGCAGACGCCAGCACAGCUGGCUACACACUUUUCGAGGGCACAUGGAAGGCUGGAGACGAAUUUAUGUACUGGGACCUGUCCGCCUUGAGCGGCUUCAACAAACCUGUGAAGAUCGUGGCAGACAAUGGCAUCGAUGCUGAGAUCUCGUCGGCCAAGACGUGCGGUGGCGCAAACUCUGGCGUGUUCCCUUGCAACUACGGCCAAGACUGCGGGACCAAGGGCGAUCACCCAUACAACCCCAUCUCGUGCCCGGGCUGCAAUGAGCAUUGCUGCGACCACGUCCCUUCCGACUCGGGCACCUGCGACCCGCAGGCCUUCAACCCUGUCCAGUACGCGCCUGUAGUCACCUUCUGCCCGGCUGCAAGCUUCUAG